GGGAGGGGUUUGCAGUUGACUAUAGCGUGACAGCUCCGCGCCCACCUGGCAGUACUUUGCUCACUCGCACCACAUUGACGGCAGCUGUGAGAGGGUUUCGCCCAAAAAGUCAUCUCUAAGUCGUUUAUCUUUCAAAGGAACUUCAAGCAAAAAAAAAUGCGUGAAUGCAUCUCUGUGCACGUAGGACAGGCGGGCGUCCAGAUGGGGAACACCUGUUGGGAGCUCUACUGUCUGGAACAUGGCAUCCAGCCAGAUGGCCAGAUGCCCAGCCACAAGCCCAUCGGAGGUCAUGACGACUCCUUCACCACCUUCUUCAGUGAGACUGGGGCUGGGAAGUACGUCCCCAGGGCAAUCUUUGUGGACCUGGAGCCCACUGUCAUUGAUGAGGUGCGCACAGGCACGUAUCGCCAACUCUUUCAUCCUGAGCAGCUGAUCUCAGGAAAGGAAGAUGCCGCCAACAACUACGCCCGGGGACACUACACCAUUGGCAAGGAAAUCAUCGACUCUGUCCUGGACCGGAUCCGCAAACUGGCUGAUCAGUGCACCGGUCUUCAAGGAUUCCUGGUCUUCCACUCCUUUGGUGGAGGUACUGGCUCCGGUUUCACCUCCCUCCUGAUGGAAAGACUCUCUGUUGACUUUGGCAAAAAGUCUAAGCUGGAGUUUGCGAUCUACCCAGCGCCUCAGGUUUCCACAGCAGUGGUGGAGCCCUACAACUCCAUCCUGACCACCCACACCACCCUGGAGCACUCUGACUGUGCCUUCAUGGUGGAUAACGAAGCCAUCUAUGACAUCUGCCGCAGGAAUCUCGACAUUGAACGUCCAUCCUACACAAACCUUAACAGACUCAUAAGCCAAAUUGUGUCUUCUAUCACAGCCUCACUUCGCUUCGAUGGAGCCCUGAACGUUGACCUGACAGAGUUCCAGACCAACCUGGUGCCCUACCCUCGUAUCCACUUCCCCCUGGCAACCUAUGCCCCGGUCAUCUCUGCUGAGAAGGCCUACCACGAGCAGCUGUCAGUGGCUGAGAUUACAAACGCCUGCUUUGAGCCAGCCAAUCAGAUGGUGAAGUGUGACCCACGUCAUGGUAAAUACAUGGCCUGCUGUCUGCUGUACCGUGGUGAUGUGGUGCCCAAGGACGUCAACGUGGCCAUCGCUGCCAUCAAGACCAAACGCACCAUCCAGUUUGUAGACUGGUGUCCCACUGGCUUCAAGGUGGGCAUCAACUACCAGCCUCCAACAGUGGUUCCUGGAGGAGACCUGGCCAAGGUGCAGAGGGCUGUGUGCAUGCUGAGCAACACCACAGCCAUCGCUGAGGCCUGGGCUCGACUGGACCACAAGUUUGACCUGAUGUAUGCCAAGAGGGCCUUUGUCCACUGGUAUGUGGGAGAGGGCAUGGAGGAGGGAGAGUUUUCCGAGGCCAGAGAGGAUAUGGCUGCUCUGGAGAAGGAUUAUGAAGAGGUGGGGAUUGAUUCUUUUGAAGAGGAUGAAGAAGGAGAGGAAUUUUAGAAGACAAAACUAAUCUGUAAUUUAUGAAGUAGAAGAAAGAAAAUGUUUUUUGUUGCUUUCAAAAUGAGAAACAUUUUAUUGGGGUAAUUUAACUUUUAUUAUGUGAAAAUGUACUUUUAAUCUAAAAGUAUGAAGGAUUUUUUUCUUGUGCCAAAACAUUGAGUGUUGCUUUUAAUUUGAUUUAACAAAUAAGACAUUAUGCAGUAGGUUUAAAAGAUGGACAAUAAACUGUCUCCCAAAAUAG